AUGUAUGCAACUGCCGACGCCGACAAGCUGGAGGGGGUUUACAGAGCUCGCAUUCAAAAGAAGAAGAACGAAAUCAAGAAGCUGAAAGGCAUGGGAAGACCACUCAAAAACGGUAGCAAAAUCGAAAUGCUGCAGGAGUCUCUGGAUAAUAUGAAGGCAGAUCUCGAGCGGAAAACGAACAAGGUCUGGGCUCAGUACGAGAAGUAUUAUGGGCCUCGACCUAAGGACGAUGGUAGCCGUGGGUAG